CAACCCAUCUCCAGGUUCCGCCGCAGCCCACGCCGCCCGCCGACCACACGAAUCCGAGCCCGAGAGAUGGCGGCGGCGCCGUCCCCCUCCGUCCCCGCCUGCGGCGACCUCCCCGCAGCCGUCUCCGCCUUCGCCGACGCCUUCGUCGACUUCGCCGUCUCCGGCAUCUUCUUCCCGACCCCCUCCUCCUCCUCCGCCGCCGCGGCCACAUCAUCACCUCCCCCUGCUCCGACGGCCCCGACCACCUUCCUCCCGUCCCCGCCCCGCCUCGUCGCCAUCGGGGACCUCCACGGCGACCUCCCCAAGUCCCUCUCCGCGCUCCGCCUCGCCGGCCUCGUGCCCGCGCCCAGCGGCCCCGGCCCCGACUCCCCCGCCGCCUCGGCCUCCUGGGCCGCGGGGCCCACCCUCGCCGUCCAGCUCGGCGACAUCCUCGACCGCGGCGGCGACGAGCUCCGCCUCCUCUACCUCCUCCGCCGCCUCGCCCUCUCCGCCGAGGCCCGCGGCGGCGCGCUGCUCCCCAUCCUCGGCAACCACGAGGUCAUGAACGUCUCCGGCGACUUCCGCUUCGCCACGCCGCAGGGCCUCCAGGAGUUCUCCGCCUGGGCGGGGUGGUACCGCGCGGGGCUCGCCAUCAAGCGUCGCUGCGGGGAGCACCUCGACCCGCAGCCGAGGAACCCCUUCCUCGGCGUGCCCAAGUCCUUCCCCGGCGUCAAGCCGGAGUUUUGGGACGGGAUGCGCUCCCGCCUCGCCGCGCUCCGGCCCGACGGGCCCAUCGCGCGCCGGUUCCUGGCCGACCUCCCCACCGUGCUGGUGGUGGGCGACUCGGUGUUCGUCCACGGGGGGCUCCUCGAGGCCAACGUCGAGUACGGCCUCGAGCGCAUCAAUGCGGAGGUCAGCGAGUGGAUCCGCGGUGAGGGCAGCGAAAAUGCAAGGGCGCCUGAGUACGUGCGCGGCCGGGACGCUGUGGUCUGGCUCAGGAGGUUCUCUGAUGGAUUUGAUUGCGACUGCCAGAGGCUGGAGGAGGUGCUUGGGAUGAUCCCGGGGGUGAAGAGGAUGGUGAUGGGGCACACGAUUCAGACAGUGGGGAUCAAUGCCGUGUGUGGCGCACAGGCCGUGAGGGUUGAUGUGGGGCUGUCAAAGGGGUGUGGCAAUGGGCUGCCUGAAGUGCUUGAGAUCAACGGGGGUGGCUCAGAAGUCAGGGUGAUCACGACACCUCCCUCGGAGGCCUGGAUGUACCGGAAGCAAGAGGCGGAGAAGGCUGCUGUGGAGGUGAAGGAGAAGAGAGGGGAGGUGAAGGAUGGGCUUGCAUUGCUUGUAAGAGAGAGCCAUGGGUUGAAAGAGGUAGAGGCUAAGGCUUAAUUUUUGGGUAACUCGAUGGUAGGGUAUUGUUUUGGUAACUCACAAUUGGGAUUGCCAUGGUAAAUUUGGGGUGACUAUGUGUGGGAGGGGGGAUUGGUUGUAGGAAGUGCUAGUGGAUUCAAAAAGGGUAUCCAUGAAAGAAAGGAAAAUCUGCCAUGAUUGUGGUUAAUUGUCAAGAUAUGAUAGUCGAUUACUGAUUAUACCAAUAGUUAUUGGCCAACUUUCGCAGCUAGAAUAUUUUCCUUCAGUUGUGUGUUUCCCCAAUGUUUCAUUGCUGCUGAUAGUUAUUGGUCAAUUUUUGCAGCUACAAUAUUUCUCCUUCAGUUGUGUGUUUCCCCAAUGUUUCUUUGCUGCUGAUAGUUAUUGGUCAAUUUUUGCAGCUAGGAUAUUUCUCCUUCAGUUGUGUGUUUCCCCAAUGUUUCUUUGCUGUUGGUGCUAAAAAUCAUGAACAAUUUUACUUGUGUUUUUUUGAAUAACAAUUUUGCUUGUGUUUGGUAUAAAGAAUUUAAGGCUGGUGCCACCAGGACUGUCUCUGGGUCAAGUGUGGCAGAUUGGCUACUGUUUGGGAUGUGGCCAAACCCUGCAGAAAAUACCAAGAACUUUAUUAAGUAGUCAAGGUCCCGGUGUAACCUGUACUUUGUGGAUCCUUCCUAUUGAAUUCACUGAUCUGAAUCUUGAGCUGAAACCAUCAUUUGAUGCUUUGGAGCUCAUGGAUUUGUGGCAUUUCUGAUCGGUUUCCAUCUGUACAAACACCAUAGUCAACGAUUGACGAUGGUACAAGCAAAAUAGCCAAUAGUGCUGUCAAUAAACUGCAGGGUUGCAAAACUGAAUACCAUCUGAAAUGAAGGUGACACAACAUAAGUUAGGCAAUUAUGAGAAACAUCAAGGAAACAGUCCUUCCCUUGCAGUGACCAAGUCAACACUUCCUGACAAGUUUAUGAAGCAGCUGGCUUGGAGGGAAUUUAUCACCAGAUAGUGUUAAGGGAGUGUUGGACUGGAGGUAAUUGUCUUUAUCUCCACAUUCUCCAUACUUAUUGUUCAGCAUCAUACUACAAAUGCUGAUUGAUGUGUAUGGGUUGAAUCAUGCACAUUUCUGUUGUUUUACUGGAAACACAGCAUAACCUAUGUUUGAAAUUAUGCUAAUCCAGCUUAGAAUAUGUUUCCUGAAAUUUGAUUACUGUUGCAGUGCAUGUGCAACAUGUGCUAGGUUGAUAGGGUCUGUGCAUAUCCCAAUUACUAGUGAGAAGUUUCUUUGUGGCCUAGUCAGUAGCCACAAGGAUGUGUCUGUUGUGCUGAAACGGAAAUUGACAAAUGGAUCGUGCCUUGAUCUGAAAAAAGAGUAGUAGACAAGGAAAGGUA